UUUCUCCUUCCACUUUGUUCACCAACGUGCUGCAGGACUGCUCGCAUUGUUGGCCAGACUGAUUGGGGUUUCAGCACAAUCUCCCGUGACCAAUGAGCGGGGUGCUGUCAGGGGUAACCACAUCUGUCAGGCGUUCUCGGCCAAUAAAGAGCGGAGCGAGGCGGACCACAGGUGCGCGCCUCUGCGUCCCCUUGGCACAGCGCCCGGGAGAUGCUGGAGAGAGACGCCUAUAGCUGCCCCGUGGCGCAAAGAGAGUUCCUGUCAGAGGCAGCCUCCCUCUUUAACUCCGGCUAUCACUCUGGCUCCGAGAGAGUUUAUGGCGACCGCAGCGUCCAACCACUACAGCGUCCUCAGCACCCCCAGCAGCGCGCCGCCGCCGCCGCCGCACUCGGAGUCCGGGAGCAUGCAGCAGGCGGCAGCGUACAGGGACGCGCACACCCUGCUCCAGAACGACUACGGCACGCUACCGGGCGGUGGGCAUCCGCUCAGCCACGCGCACCAGUGGAUAACGGCGCUCUCUCACGGUGACAGCGGGGCGCCGUGGCCGUCCAGUCCCCUCCGAGAGCAGGACGUGAAGCCCGUACUGCAUGACAGUGACCGAGAGGAGCUGCAGAACUCCAGCAGCCUGCAGCAGCAGCAGCAACAGCGACACCCUCACCUAGCGCACCAGCAGGCGCAUCACGACGCCAGAGCAUGGCGAACCAGCACGGCCACGACGCACAUCACCGGCAUGGCGACAUCUGAGGGACAGAGCCUGGUGUAUUCCCAGUCCGGCUUCGCUCUGAUGCCAGGGGGAGAGCAGGGGGGGAUGCACCACCACCCUCUGCGGGACGAGGACCACCACAGCCACAGCCCGCACCUCAGUGAGCACGGGGGCGGCCCCGGGGCCCACCACCACCAGCACCAGCAGCACGGGGGCCACCAGGACCAGUCGGACGAGGACACGCCAACCUCGGAUGAGCUGGAGCAGUUCGCCAAGCAGUUCAAGCAGCGGCGGAUCAAGCUGGGCUUCACGCAGGCGGACGUGGGGCUGGCCCUGGGGACGCUCUACGGGAACGUGUUCUCUCAGACCACCAUCUGCAGGUUCGAGGCGCUGCAGCUCAGCUUCAAGAACAUGUGCAAACUCAAGCCGCUGCUGAACAAGUGGCUGGAGGAGGCGGACUCCACGUCGGGGAGUCCCACCAGCCUAGAUAAGAUCGCGGCGCAGGGGAGGAAAAGGAAAAAGCGGACCUCCAUCGAGGUGGGCGUCAAGGGCGCUCUGGAGAGCCAUUUUCUGAAAUGCCCCAAGCCGGGAGCGGCGGAGAUCAACUCCCUGGCGGACAGCCUGCAGCUGGAGAAGGAGGUGGUGAGGGUCUGGUUCUGUAACCGGCGGCAGAAGGAGAAGAGGAUGACCCCCGCUGGGGGACAGAUAUCAGGAGGGGAGGACAUGUACGGGGACACCCCUCCUCACCACGGAGGACAGACUCCUGUGCAGUGACCCCUGUCCAGUAUUUUCUUCUUUUUUUCCCCCCCUCUUACUAUUAUUAUUAUUUUGGGGAGAAAACACGAACCUCUGCAGGAGGAAGCUUCUUAUUUGUUAAAAUACUCAAUGCUGGAACUGGACCUCGGCCAGUUUUAAGUGUUGGACGGACGCAGGGAUGCAGAGUGGCACCCCGGUGCUAAAAACACUCAGAGCAGAGAUGUGUAGAAUGGCUUCAUGCCAGGCACAUUGAGCUGGUGUGUGCUAACCAAAAUAGGGAAGAGGAGAGGAAGGGGAAAAAAAAAAA